UCUGUGGGAGGAGCAGGAGAUUAGAUGAGCGCUAUAAAAGAGUCCAGCAGACACACUGGACACGAGCUGGACCUGAGAAACACAGAAGAAGAACCAGAAACUACAGCAGACGUAAAUGGCAGACAUGGAUGUCCCAACACCCGCUGAGAAGAGAGGUCCACCAAGGUUCAAGCAGAGGGCCGCUCGCACCUUCAAGAGCAAGGCUCCCAAACCCGGACAGAAAGGCUUCGGAGAUGACAUCCCUGGAAUGGAGGGUCUGGGCACAGACAUCACAGUGAUCUGCCCCUGGGAAGCUUACGGCGACAUGGAGCUUAGUGAUCUGGCUAAAUAUGGGAUCGUGUAGCCUCCUGCUCUCUUCCUGAGGUCAUCCAUCAUUGAGUACCACUAGUCUAUAGAAUCGUCUAUUUAUGCCAAGACUGAACCGGCAGCAGAUGCUCUCAGGCCAACACACAAAGAAGAUGGGAUGUGAUUAAUAGACUGGGGAAAAAAGGACAGCGUAACUCUUUCAUCACGAGGUCAGAGGUCUUCACUGGAGCUCUUAGCAGCAGGAAUCCAUCUCACAGCCAGAAAAUAUUAUUCUCUUUCCUAAUGUUGUAGAAAAAUAAAGAAAUAUGUUCAAAUCAA